UCAUAUUCACAACAUGGCGCCAUGAAUCUCUGCCGCGUUUACUCCGAGCUGCGGUUGGAAAUGUUGCUGGAGCCGCAAAGGUCUUGCUGCGUGCACUUGUCUCGCCAGGCUGCUUAAGCAUGUCAACAGAUGACAGCAUCUCAGAGGACGUGUCUAGCUCUGUGGCACUGAGCCACGACCACACAAGCCCCAAUGGAGGGAAGGAGAGCGAGACCUCCGUGGUCUCCUCAGCGGACACAGUGUCGGGCCUGGCUCUUCCCGAGGAGGCGGCUGUUAUAACUCGACCCUCCAGCACACCAGCAUGCACCAUUUCCAGCAAAAUAAGGAGUCUGUGUCUCGGUGGCACUGAGGAGGAGUUCAGCUCAGGGAGAAGCCUGCCCUUUAUCAACCCCAGUUCUUUAGAGACGCUCCGAGCGUUGGUGCAUGAGAUCCAGAGCAGCGAGACGGACCCUGAGAUCUGGAAGAACUGCGAGGGCAGGUGGUUACACCUCUUUCAGCUGGUGGAGAAGCAAUACCAAGAGCAAAUUCUUGCUCAGCAAGAACAGUAUCAGUGCCAAAUACAGCUCAUUCAGGACGAGAUCAAAGCAUUAGUGCAGCUACAGAAACGGCAAAGCGGAGCACAGUCAAACCCUUUGUACCCAACCAAGACUUUAGAACCUCCAACAGACCUGGAGAAUGAAAUCCAGGCUUGUAGCCCCUCGAAGGUCACCGCUAACCCUCAGGAGAGCUCGGACGAGGGCCUGGUGACUGUCCAGAGCAGUGGCUAUGGCACCCUGUCCACCUGGGAGCCUGGAACAACAACAUCAGGGAGCCUGGAAGGGAAGGACGAGGUGUUGUCCUUACAAAAAAAGCAGGAUAGCGGCACUUCACACUCCCUGUCGACUAAAACACAGGGGUUAGACCGCGUUCCAAGCAGGACUGUGACGUCUAAUAAGUCACCUCACACAACUUCAAAUGUGCCAAAUCUUCCUGCUAACAAGCAGAGACUAAACAGUCAACCACUGACCUCUUGGGCCCAGAGGCAGAAACACCGGCAAAGAAAAAGCAAAACGGCACAAAACCAGUCACCGCAAAUGGAGGGGAGAGAAGAGAGCAGGUCAGAUGGAUGUCCAAAGGAACAGCUGGGACAUGUGGAUGAAUUUGGACAUAGUGCAGUCUGUUUGAGUCCUGCUGCCCUGAAGAGAAGCGACAGCCUUGUGUCGGAAGCCUCGGGUCUGACCUAUUGGAAGCUGGAAGAAGGUGAGCUCUACCGCCCCCUACCAGACAGCUUUGAAAACAACUCUUUCCUCCUAAUGCAGGAUGUUAAUCUGAGCCAGCCUCGAGAAGACGAAGCGCAACUGUCUCUGUCUCUCAGAGAAAUCUACCAGAGCAAGCAGAAGGUGGAUCCUAAAGGCCAGGAGUGGGACUCGUUAAUUAACUCUGACGCAUCUUCUCCUCAGGUGCUGACUCUGGAACCCGGCGCUCCUACGAGACAGUCAGAACGCACGUCCGGCUUCACGUCUCCGUCACGCUUCAGCAGCCCCACCUCACCCAUGUCGCACACCUCACACACUGUUCCCCGAGCUUACAGUGAAGAUGAAGGCAGCCGCACUGCUAGCAUGACACUGCAGGCCACGGGCUCAUCCGUACAGGAGCCACGCCCAAACAGCAGGAAACUGGAGGCUUCGGCUGCAAUGGAUGACCCUGUGGUACUCUCGUUGUUGAGGCAGAACCUGAGGGAGAAGCAUGCACGGCACAUAGCAGACCUCCGAGCAUACUAUGAGUCGGAGAUCAGUGCCCUGAAGGAAAAGCUAAAUUUGGUAAAUUUACCCCUGGAUAUGGAGAAAAGCAACCAGAUACUGCUACAAAGGUGUGAACACUUGGAACGGGCUCUUACAGAGGCGAGUAUGCGCAUCCGAGAACUGGAGAACAAGAACCACCACCUAGAGAGACAGCUGGCGGCGUGGCCCGAGCGCUACGAUGCAGCCAGUUCCACGGUGAAGGCUCUGCAUCAGCGUCUGGAGGAGAGCAAGCAGAGCAGCAAGGAAAAAGACAACACCGUGAACAAGCUGAGGAGUCGCCUGCGCCACCUGGAGGAGGCUGUACAGAACGCCUGCAAAGAGGUGGACGAAAAGGAGGCACGCAUGAAGAAAGAGCACAAGAUGCUGCAGGAUCUGCUUCAAGAGUAUGACUCCUUAAGAAAAGAUCAUGAGGGAGUAAAGGACAAUUUGGUGUCGACUGAAAAUAAACUCUUUGAUGCUAACGAACAAAUAGCAGAACUGAAGAGGGUCAUUUCCAAGCUGGAAGCACAAGUGAAGCAGCUGGAACAUGAGAACAUGGCUAAAACUCGUCAGGCUUUCCACAGCCACUUGCAGCCUUCAGGAGUUGGUUUAUUCCACCAUCCUGAUCUUCUACUUUCACCAAGCAAAAGGCAGCGAGACGUGGAAUGCGGCGCAAGGAAUUCUGGAGGAAUAGGAAGGGGCCGCCCUUCAUCUCCGGAGAUGGAGCAGACAGAUGAGGAACAGACAAGGAGGGACAUGCCACUGAGCCCUGUGAUGAAGGCUCUGAUUCAGAUGGAGGACCCCAAAGCCACAGAGGCACGGGCUGUGACUAAAAUCCACUGCGACUCUCCCAGGUUAGGAAACAAGAAACCCACAGUAGCUUUUGUGGACAGCGUAAGAGAGCCUUUACUCGAAAGAAGUGAAACUGUACUUCGAGCUCAGAGAAGUCUUUCUCCAGAGGGCCAUCGCUCUUCAUCUCUUCCCCCAAGAGCACAGAGAGCAGGUCCUCCAUCCACACCAACAAAGAGAGAAACUCUACUAUAUCCGCUCUCGGCGAAGUCCAGUCCCAAGCGAUGCCCGACAGAGAACGUGUCCACUGCAUUCGGUCGUCCCAUGCAUUGCCAACAGCACCUGCAUAACCGGUUUGAUUUGCAUUUUGAUCAAACGGGUUUCAGCUCAUCGCUGCCAUCUCGGCGCAACUCCAGAACAAGACUACAGUUCAUGCCAGAAGUUAAAACUCAGACCAGCUCGGCGUCAGGACGGGCUGUAGAGAGCAGAGAAUCCGAGGAGCAAGAGGUUACAGACCCAGACCUGCUGACCCAUGACCACGAGGAUGAGAUCAUCCUCCCUCGGGUUCAGUCUCUAGCUGACGCUGAGAAGCUGUGUGAUGAGCUCACACAGGAGAAACAGCAGAUCGAGGCAGCACUCAGUCGUAUUCCUGGGGCUGGAGCCAGGGUCACCUUACAGACCAGGCUGGAUCAGGCGUCGUUAGAGAACCGAUUGGAAAAAGUGAACCGUGAUCUGGGAUCCAUACGCAUGACUCUGAAACGAUUCCACGUUCUCCGCUCCUCUGCCAAUAUAUAGCUAGCGGUCACGGUCAUGUUCAUCUAAUAAGGACUGUGAAAGAUUUGUGACUGGGACACAGGACUCUUCCAUUGUACAUAAUACAAAGUUCAGUAUUUCUACUUUUGUUAUGGUAGGUUAUUUUUUAAUGUUUAUAUGAUUAUGUUUUUUAAUACGCAGAAUAGAAACUGAUUUUUAAAGUAUAUUUUGAUACACGGAUUUGUAAAAAAAGGAAAAAGGUACUUUUUUAUGUCAUGAAAGUAUGUUGUAUGCUUGACUCAUUCAGGGUUUUUUUUUUUUUUUAAAUAUAAAACAUUUUGCUGCUGAAACAAUGAUUGAAGCAAAAAAAAGUUCAAUAGAACUGGACAUUUACAGUAUUAUUUUUUUUUAAAAUUGCCAGCAGUUCAUUAACUUUUUUUUAAUUCUUUUCUACGUUCAACUUGAAUUGUUUAUUUAUUCCUUUUUAUCCAACAGGUUUAAUAUUUUUAUUUUUGUUGUGAACCAUUUUGAUUCCAUUUUUCCUGUGCAACAUGUGAAUAUUUUAUAAUACGUUAGAUUUUAGUUACCUUUGUCAUUUCGUGAGGAAUCAACCAAGAAUCUCACGCUUGCAGUUUCUAUACCCAUACAUCCACUUCUCUUUUAGACAUUCCACACUACUUUCAUGAUCCCUUUCCAAACCACAUCAUUUGUGUAUGCACUCUUUUACAAGGCAGAACUUCGACACUUUGAGACUUUUGCCACUUUGAACAGAAUGCCUUUGUAAUGCAUGGAAAAUUGACAAUUUAAAAUGAUUCCAUUUAAUUCUCGUGAAUAAGGCUCUUUUUCAUUCCACGUCGAUCACUGGAUCGCUAUUUACUCUUGCACCAAGCACCUGAAUAAAAAUACUUCAAAAUGCAAAACCAGCUGUUGCAGAAAUUCCAUUGUUCAGUUUGUGUUCGAAAGCUGAUGACUGAAAUCUGAAUGCUGCCAGAGAGCCGCUGCUGCAGCCCUUGAGCGACGUUCUUGGAGCUCAACGAUUCAGCUUGGUUGUUAUUGGAUUGUAUACUGCCUCAGUGUCUAAGAUGCAUAGCUUUUUUCAAAUUAAUAAAUGUAAAUGCUCCA